CAGCGGGCGGCCGGCCCAGCUGGAGGAAACGGCGGCGGCGGCCACGAUGAGCGCGGGCGACGCCGUGUGCACCGGCUGGCUGGUCAAGUCGCCCCCCGAGAGGAAGCUGCAGCGCUACGCCUGGCGCAAACGUUGGUUUGUCCUCCGGCGGGGCCGCAUGAGUGGCAACCCUGAUGUCUUGGAGUACUACAGGAACAAGCACUCGAGCAAGCCCAUCCGGGUGAUAGACCUCAGCGAGUGUGCAGUGUGGAAGCACGUGGGCCCUGGCUUUGUUCGGAAGGAAUUUCAGAAUAAUUUCGUGUUCAUUGUUAAGACCACUUCCCGUACGUUUUAUCUGGUGGCCAAGACUGAGGAAGAAAUGCAGGUGUGGGUACACAGCAUCAGUCAGGUCUGCAACCUGGGCCACCUGGAGGACAGUGCAGCAGAUUCCAUGGAGAGCCUCUCUCACAUGCCCUCCUCCCUCAAGCCAUCUCCUGCCAGCUGCCUCCAUACUGCCCAUGCUGCCAGCUCCUCCUUGCCAAGAGAUAACCCAAACACUAAUGCCAUAGCCACUGAGGAAACCAGAAGUGAAUCGGAGCUUCUCUUCCUUCCUGAUUAUCUGGUUUUGUCCAACUGUGAGACUGGAAGACUGCACCAUGCCAGUCUACCCACUAGAUGUGACAGCUGGUCAAACUCAGACCGCUCUUUGGAACAGACUUCCUUUGAUGAUGUCUUUGUUGACUGCCUGCAGUCGCUACCCUCCAGUCAUUUGGUCCACCCCUCAUGCCACGGAAAUGGAUCUCAAGAGGCACCUUCCACGAAGCCGCAGGCUGCCCUGAUCUGGAGUAAAGACAUCAAUGGGCCAUCCAGGGACCACCCAUCUUCUUCAUCAUUGCUGGAAACUUCCUUAAAUCCCACCAUUCAGGUAGAUAAAAACCAAGGUUCCUUGCCAUGUGGGGCAAAAGAACUAGACAUUAUGACCAGCACUCCACCUCCCCGCCCCCCUAAGCCAAGCCAUCUCUCUGAACGGUGCCAAGAGGAGCAGCUCCUGUGGAGUGGGCACAGCAGCAGCAAGAAGCUGGAAUGCACUCUGGUUCCUAGAAGAAUCUCUCUCUCUGGUUUAGACAACAUGAGAACCUGGAAAGCUGAUGUAGAAGGCCAACCCUUGAGAUACCGAGACAAGCGGCUUAGUUUAAAUUUGCCAAGCAGGUUCUCCCCGAUGUACCCUACAGCUUCAGCCAGUGCUGAAGACAGCUACAUGCCUAUGAGCCCCGCCACUGUCUCUGGUCUUGGAUUCCACUGCAGCCCUGAUGACUACAUUCCAAUGAGCUCAGGAAGCAUGACAAGUCCACUACCUGAGCUACCUGCAGACCUGGAGCCUCCUCCGGUGAACAGAGAUCUCAAGCCUCAGAGGAAAUCACGGCCACCUCCCCUGGACCUGAGAAACCUCUCCACCAUCCGGGAACACGCAUCUCUAACCAGGACCCACACUGUACCUUGCAAUCGAACCAGCUUUCUCUCUCCAGAAAGAAAUGGUAUUAAUCCUGCAAGAUUUUUUGCCAAUCCUGUUUCCAGAGAAGAGGAAGAAAGCUACAUCCAAAUGAUGCUACUGAGAGCAUGGGUUUUUGAAGAUGGAGAGGGGCUUUUAGCACCUCUGGCAAUUAGCUGCACUUGA